UUAUGGUAUGGGCAUGGGGUUUGUGCCAAUAUAAAACAGGCAACAAAUCCCCUUCUCCAUCUUCUCCAUCUCUCAAAACCAGUCUUUCCUUGCCCUAAUAAUGGAGGCGGGCUCUGCUGACAAUGAGCUGGAUUUUGAGAAGAUAAACCCGUCUUUUUCUGCCCUAACAAUAGAAGCGGGCUCUGCUGAUGAUAAUGAACGCCUGGAUUUUGAGAAGAUGGUUCAUGGAUGUGAACAUUAUAGGAGAAGAUGUAGAAUAAGAGCUCCAUGUUGUAAUGAGAUAUACUAUUGUCGUCAUUGUCACAAUGAAGCCAUGAGCUUGUUAAGCAAUCCCAAGGAUCGUCAUGAACUUGUUAGACGUGAUGUUACGCAAGUAAUAUGUGCAGUUUGUGAUACCGAGCAGGAGGUUGCUCAUGUUUGUUCCAAUUGUGGUGUUAAGAUGGGAGAAUACUUUUGUCAAGUCUGCAAAUUCUACGAUGAUGAUAACGAGAAAGGACAAUUUCACUGUGAUGAAUGUGGAAUCUGCAGAGUUGGUGGCCGAGACAACUUCUUCCACUGCAAGAAGUGUGGUUCUUGUUAUGCGAUUAGUUUGCGUGAUAACCAUAUUUGUGUUGAGAAUUCAAUGCGAAACCACUGUCCCAUCUGCUAUGAGUAUCUUUUUGAUUCGUUGAAGGAUACACAAGUUUUGAAGUGCGGGCAUACGAUACAUCGCACAUGUUAUGAUGAGAUGUUUGAGCAUAAUCGAUAUUCUUGCCCUAUAUGUUCGAAAUCAACGACGGACUUGUCUACUGUCUGGCAAAGAUUAGAUCAAGAGAUUGAAGCAGUUGCAAUGCCUGAGGAAUACCGGUACACCAAGGUUUGGAUCCUCUGUAAUGACUGUAAUGAGACAACUGAAGCUUCAUUCCACAUUUUCGGGCACAAGUGUGGCCACUGCAAAUCAUACAAUACAAGGAAAAUUUCGCCUCCAGGUGGUCCAAAGAAAAACGUGUCCACCUCCAGUUAGUCCAUAUGAAGAAAUGUGUUAAAAUCUCCUCUUCCUUUUAGCUGGAUAUCAGUUUCAGCAAGGCAAGUUUUGGUCGAGUACCGAAUCCUACCAAGUUCUUAUCCAGAUCAUGAAUAAUCAUUCAUUCUUGGACGCACGGGGGUGUUAACUGAUAGCUAUAAUUUGAACUCUGCCUCCUGCUUUACAAUCACGGAUCUUCAAACAUUGUGGAGUUGAAACAUCCAUAUAACUGAUUGAUGCUCAUGUAAAUAUAAUAUAUGGAAUACUACAUUUAUACCUUACACUGAUUUCAGUAUGUGACAUGUGUCGGUGGCAUACAUUUGAUAUAUUUUGUAGUCUUCUCCAUGAUAGCACAGUGAUUACCAAUAA